UAAAGUGUGCUGAUGCUGCCCGUUUUGAGUAACAGACAUGUGGUACCGCAGGGUGCAGAGCUUGACAGAGAAAACAGAAACUAUGAAGCUGCUGCCAGAAAAUGUUAAGGUGCUUUUUUUUGCCAGUGACUGCCUGGAGCCAUAUGUUGAGAUUAUCACAGUAAAGGACUCCAAGCGGCGUCUGAGUCUGUGUAGCUCGGGGGACUCUGAAGCAGAAGAGCCCGAGUACCAGGAGGAGGUGGAAAAUGCUCUCCCUGUCCUGAACAACCACAGCCAGCUGCUGGAUGGCCAACACCUGGAGCGACUUGCUGUCCACAUGCCGGCAAGGACCCAGGGCUACCCAUGGCAACUAGUCUACAGCACGGCCAUCCACGGGAGUAGCCUGAAGACUCUGUACAGGAAUAUGGCUGGCCUAGACAGCCCUGUGCUGCUGGUCAUCAAAGACAUUCACAAAAAGGUGUUUGGGGCUUUUUCUUCCGAUCCAUUCAAAGUCAGUAAAUACUGCUAUGGCACAGGAGAAACCUUCCUGUUCAGCUUCAACCCUGACUUCCAGGCAUACAGGUGGAGUGGCGAGAACUCCUACUUUGUGAGCAGCAACCAGGAAUCACUGCAGAUUGGUGCAGGAGGGGGCGGAUUUGGCCUGUGGCUGGAUGCUGAUCUGUACCAUGGCUCAAGCUUCUCCUGUCCCACAUUCAACAACAAGUCUCUCUCCACACAAGAGGACUUCACUGUACGAGACCUCGAAGUCUGGACUGUGCAGAACUGAGGGCAGAACAUCUGAACAGACGAGCUAAAGUAGAGCCCACUAUCCUGUCUGGAGUCACAAAAUGUCAAGACUUUAAAGGGUAUGUGUGGUUUUAGCCACUAAAUCUGAUACAGCAGAAGCUAUCAUCUGUGCCCCUGGUCCAGAUAAGCCCACAUCCAGUAGCAGAAUCCUGUUCUAGCGGUUCUUGGGCUCACCGUUAAUGCUGGUUUGAUCUGUGCCUGUAAAAGACAAGUGGUCAAAGGAAACCCUGCCAUUCAGGGUCCCGCCUGAUAAACUACUGGGUAUUCAUAAGUAGCCCUGUGCUAAGACCAGUCAGUAACUGGAUUCUGACGCGUUAAGCCCUUCAUGCCCUCUCUUUGUUGUGGGGAGCAUUAUAAUACAAAGUUCACAGUAACACUGUUGAAUAUGAUUAAUUUAACUGCUGUAAGCACAUUCAGGAUUUAAAUAAUUUUCUGUCUAACAGCCAUGCAUGUUUGAGAAAAAAAUGUUUGUUUACAGUAUUUAUCUCUGUGUGUAAGAGUGUAUGAUAAAGGGCUGUAUAAAAUGUUAAGGCUGUAUAAAACGUUAAGAAAAAAAAGGUUCAUACUUAUUUAAUGGUAAAAACACUGUAAUUUGAUAGGACCCGCAAUUACCUAUCUGGACUCUAUUUGUACUUGUAUUUGUUCUAACAUUGGGGCUGGUUUUAAUGUUCUCCAUUUGAAAACUACUGGCGCACCUUACCACUCAAGUUGAAAAAUAAAAGUGUAGAGUUGCACUAUAAACAAUGUAUGAUCUUAUGUGUGCGGUUGGUUGAGGAAGAGACAUCAACUGUCACUUCUGUUUUUGGAAAGUGAGUUACCUGUCUGACCAUUUGCAUUAAUAGGCAAUAUUAACGAAACGUCUUUCACAAUCUAUAUACAUCUAUAUGUAUGUUUAAGGACAUCUUAACAGGAAUGCAAAGCAAAAGUUCUUGUUGUUUCUUUUACUUUUGUUUUGGUUUGUUUGUUUGUUUGUGUGUAUACCAGUGUCUGCCAGGCGGUGCUGGCACUGCCAAUGUUGUUUUGUGGAACCACAUUAAAAGGUUGUCUUUCCUGGUGAAAGACAAUGUUUUCAUAACAAUCAUAUUUUAUUAUGAAUAAACCUUUAAAUCAACAUCA